UUAUGGUACAAAAGAAACAAAAUAUUUUACUUACGUAGACGGUAUAUUUCCUCUGUUCCUCGCUUUGACCAGCUUCACGGAAUCCUUUCCUUAACCAGAGGCUACCAAAGCUCCUCCCUCAACCUCUCUAAACCUUGCGUCGACAUCUUGUCUUUUUUUGUUUUUUCUCUCUCUAAGCCACUCUCACUACAAACCUAAUAAGAAACCGGAAAUCGGACCCCCUCUGUCGGAGGCCGCCGCAACACUUCGUCUCUCCUUCAGCCGCGUGGCCCUAGAAACCCACACAACAAGAUAAUUCGAGAUGAAGCAAUCAAAGGAUCCAUUUGAAGCGGCGUUAGAGGAGCAAGAGGAAUCACCACCUGAUUCCCCAAUUGGUCAGGAUGAGUUGGACAGCCAAACCCCUACUGGGCACCAUACUCUUGUAGAUGAUGAUGAUUAUGAUGAAAUCGGCGCCAAUACCAAUAAUCCCUCUCACCCAUCAUCCAACUCCACUCCUAUGUUGCUCACCCCCAGUGUUAACGCUAGUGUUGCUUCUGCCGCCGCAGCCUCCAAGAACAAAGAAUAUGAUGAUGACGAAGAGGAGGAAAACGUGGAUGUUGAGCUUGGCAAGUUCCCCUCUAGUGCUGAUCCGGCUAAAAUGGCCAAGAUGCAGGCCAUUUUAUCACAAUUCACAGAGGAUCAGAUGAGUAGAUAUGAAUCCUUUAGGAGAUCUGCACUUCAAAAGUCCAACAUGAGAAGGUUGUUGGUAAGCAUCACUGGAAGCCAGAAAAUUUCUUUACCAAUGACCAUUGUUGUGUGUGGGAUAGCAAAAAUGUAUGUUGGCGAACUUGUUGAGACAGCUAGAAUGGUUAUGACAGAGAGAAAAGAAUCUGGGCCAAUCAGGCCUUGCCACAUCAGAGAGGCUUAUAGAAGAUUGAAGCUUGAAGGGAAAGUACCUAAGAAAUCUGUGCAGAGGCUCUUUCACUGAGGAUAUCAAGAGACGAACUUAGCAAACAUUUAUCAGGUGUUUACUAAUUACAUGGUUUUUAAAUCUGACAACAUUUCAUCCUUUUUCCCUUUCCAGUGAAAGGGUAGUCAGAUACUCAUAGGUCAUAAAAUCAGUGGCAGGUUAAUGGAAUCAAUGUGUACUUUUGCGCUUGUGUUAUCCAAUUUUCUUUUCAACUCCAAAAAGUUAAAUACAACAGAGAAACUUUGCCAAAA